AUGACCACUCUGAUCGACGAGCUCGCGCGCUUGCCGCAGACGGGCGUAUCGCUCCAGUAUCUGCUCGAGUUCGGUACCAGCAUUACUCCGCAGAAACUGAUUCAGUCGGCGCGCUUUCUACAUGAAGAAAUGCCCGUGCGGUACGCGCACCGGAUCAAGAACUUGGAACAUCUGCCCCACGGACUUAGUGACAUGCCCUCGGUGCAGCAAGUGCGGGAGUGGUACGUCAACUCGGCGCAGGAGCUGCUGCAGUUUCCAAAAGUAGAGACCUAUCAGGACGAAUUGGCGUUCCGGUCGUUGAUUGAGAGCAUUAAAAACCGUCACAGUGGCACGUUGUACACGAUGGCCAAAGGCGUGCACGAACUCAAGAUGGACCUGUUCAAGUCCUUUUCAAAGCAGGAUACGGGAGCCAAAGCACUCUCGACGCGGGAACUGGGCGAGCGGUAUUUGCGGUCCCAGGAAUUCGCCGACUUGUCGGAUCUGCACUCGUUUCUCGAUGCUUUCUACAUGUCGAGGAUCGGUAUCCGAAUGCUCAUGAGUCAGCACAUCGCGUUGCAUGAAGAAGAAAGCGGGUGGGUAGGAUGUAUCUGUGAAAGCACGUCGCCCGCGGAGAUUGCUCUUGCGGCGAUUGAUACGGCCAGGCACAUGUGUCUGCGGCAGUAUGGAGAUGCCCCGGAAGUCGAGCUACAUGGCCACACGGACUUUUCCAUGCCGUUCGUGCCGAGCCACUUGCACCAUAUGCUGUUUGAAGUCAUUAAGAACUCGAUGCGGGCGGUCGUGGAAUUUCACGGUGUCGACAACAUCAUGCCUCCGAUCAAAAUUGUGAUUGCCGAUGGAGAAGACAAUGAAGACGUGUCAAUCAAGAUUUCGGACGAAGGCGGGGGUAUCCCACGCUCGUCGGUCUCGAGGAUCUGGUCGUAUCUCUACACGACAGCAGACUCGGAAGCGUUUGAGAGAUUGGAGGCGCCCAAUGAUUUCGGUGGCGACUCUCCGCUUGCUGGACUGGGAUACGGGUUGCCAAUCAGUCGUCUGUUUGCACGCUACUUUGGUGGCGACCUUCAGGUGAUCUCGAUGGAGGGGUAUGGUACUGAUGCAUACUUGCAUCUGAAACGUGUUGGCGACGCAUCCGAGCCGCUCCCGUGA